UUGAGAAGGAAAAAUUGAUUUGGUAAUGCUCGACCCCUUUUCUUUUUCUUGGUUUCGAAGUGUCAUCGUCACUCUCAUUCCAAGUACAAACCAUCAUCUUUUGCUCCCUCUUUCUCGGUGUGAUUAUAUCAUAUGAAAAUUCAAGAACCAAUCUUAAACCUUUCCUUUUUUAGUGAUAAUCCUGUUACGCUUAUCUAAGUAUAAUGCCAACACACUUUCUCUGGGGAAAUCUUUUCUUACUCAAACCCUUCUAUAUUAAUCCCUCUUUCCCAUAUCCAAUUUUGCAUUAGAUACGCUGAUUUCUAUAGGUAACUUACCUUUGUUGAAUAUGGCUGAUGCUAUGAACCUCCAACCGUCAUUGCACGAAGGCAGUGUUCUUGACACUCCAAAAACUGAAAUUCAGGUACGUUUCAGAUUUUGAAUCAUAAAACACGUGGAGAGAACGGUAACACGCGGCUUUAAAAGUAUUUUGACUCUUCCUGAGAAUUGCCUUUUAAGUGUCUCUUUGUUAUAAAAAAUCUAGGUCUGAGUUGUUUCUCUGGCGGAGAAAAUAAGGGGGAUUCUUUUAAGCACUCUUAAGAGAUCAUCAUUUUUCCUAUGGCAGACAAGGAGUCCUCAGGGCCAAUUCCUGAUCGCUGGAAGUUGGUUGUCAAAAAGAAGAAGGAUGGGUCUAAUCUUUCGUACUACACAUGUCCCGAGAGUGGGCAAAAGUUCUACUCCUAUGAAGAUCUCAUGCGAUAUGUGAAGUAUGCAAAAGCUGCUAAGCUCUCCAUCUAUGCUGAUGAUUUCUUUCCCAUAAAACCUGCCCGCGGCCGCAGGUCAAAGAAAAGAGCUAGCACGCCCGAACCGAGCGCAGACUCAAACUCGGACUCGGGUGAUGUGACAUACAAACUGCCUCCCAUUGAUCAGUUUGACUGGUUUGAGGAUGAGCCGAGUCUGGGAGAGUCUGCCAAACAAUUUGCAUACGGCGGAGCUUCAAAUGAAGGUUGCAGCUCUGGCAUGGGAGAUGCCAAGAAACAGAAGAAAGCAGGGGAAGAUGGUGCAGGUGAAGGUUGA